AGCCAUCCCUCUCCCAUGGCUGAUUCGAUCCCCUCCCUCCUCCCAGCAUCCACAUCCCCCAUGGCGGCUGACUUCACUUGCCUAUGCGGCACUGCGCCGUCGCACGCCCCGUCGGCACUGCACACCUGCCCCAGUACACCGCCAGCGCCCGCUGCCCCGCUGCCCUGCUGCCUGCUCGCCGCCCGCUGCCCCGCUCACCCCAAAGCUACAGCCCACGCUCCACAGCACCUACCAGGCCUGACACCAACCGCCUGGUCCUGAUGACCCAAAGUCUAGAUGCCGCACCAUCCCUGUGAGUUUGUGACAAGAUUGCUUGAUUGUUGAAAAUUGAUGUUAAAUGCUUCAAUCUGUUGUGCGGGUGUUCGAGUGUUUGGGAUUGUUGUUCUUGUCAACUCAUGGAAAAUCGGGUAAUCGGGAUUACCCCGUACUUGAACCCGAAUUUUCGGGUACAUUUUGUGAGAUGAAUUUCGGGUAGUAUUUUUUAUUACCCGAACUUUCAAUUACUCGAAUUACCCAAUCCGAAAUACCCGAAUUACCCGAAUGUCCAGAGCUACGCGGCGGACUCAAGCACGGUAACUUGGGUUGGGCCGGAUUAGGCGGCCGGCGGCCUAAAAAAAACUCCCAUCUCAUCCAAAGCUCAGUGAUUUUGCCACCCCGGCGCAGUUGAAGGACUCGGAUGACACGGUGACGCAGUGCGAUGCGAAUCGACUGGACCGGAGGGGUCUUCCGCUUUUGGGCAUAUACGUUGACGCGGCGACCGUGCAUCAGCGGAUGAGGCUUAGAUAUUUGCCUAGAUAUUUAGCGGGUAUUGUUUUCCUUCCUCCUGCGUCUCUCACACACCACGGCUGCUGGCACGCCCUAGGGGCGCUGAAACCGGCCUCGCUGCAGCCAGCGAUCCAUCCCAGCAUGGAAGCAACUCCUCUGCAGGACUGCCCCCUCACUGAGAGGGCAAUACUGCAGAGGAUGCUCGCGGCCCAGGAUCGCCCGUCUCCAGCACAGGACGGCAGGAGAAACGAUAGAAUGGCAUCCUAUUGUUGCUUCCGAAAGCCAAGGCAACCAGGGAAUAUGCCAGACUUGCCAGUGCUGCCAUUUGAUCACGCAGAGUUUAUUUCGUAUCAAGAUAUCCUCGGGCUGCUUGGUCGUCCAGGUGUUGGAGUAGUUGCCAUCCAAGGUAUAGGUGGUUCUGGAAAGACAUGGGCUGCAAAGGCUCUAUACCGAGCGGCAAAGACCUUAAAUCUCUUCGAUGAAUAUAUCUGGGUUUCAUUGUCAAUAAAUUGUAGCAUGAGAAAGUGUUUCAACAAGAUUGCAGCAUCUUUAAAAUGUAAGAUCAGAGACGGCUUGUCCGUAGAAAGCACUAGGACUAUAAUAAAGGAAUAUCUCACGCCACGGAAGUUCCUACUAGUUCUUGAUAAUGCUUAUUUCACUGAAGAAAAUACCUUAGAGUACCUGGGAGUUCCUGAUCCAGGACAACAAAGGCUUGGUUCAAAGAUCAUUCUGACUACAAGAACUACGAGAGCAUUGUAUGCAUUAUUUAGUGUCAUGCAGCCAAAUAUAGUAAAGAUGAUGCCACGAACCCUCACUUAUAAGGGGUCAUACGACCUACUGCGCGAGAAGAUUGGAAAAGAUAUCAGUUUCGCGCAUGACUUAAUCAGCUAUUGCUAUGGCAUCCCACUCAUAAUCAUCCUAUUGGCUGGGGCACUGUAUGAUGCACCUACGGAAGAGACAUUUAGUGAGUUGGUCGCAAAUGUGCAUGCCACUCUAUCAACCAAGAUAUCAGUUUUCGACACGAUGCAGCGGAUGGUGAAAUUUGGGUAUCAUCAGCUUCCUAGUGAUAAUGUGCGACACUGCUUGCUCUACUGCUUAAUCUUCCCAGAUGAUCAAGGAAUUUCAGUCAAAGAGUUAAUUUGGUACUGGAUGAUGGAUGGUCUACUCCAAGAAGCUAUUGGUUUUGAUGAGGCUAACCAUAUUGGUAAGGAAAUUCUUGAUGUCCUCAUAAAGCAUGGUAUGGUAUAUUUGGAUGAUAAUGAUCACGUACACAUGCAUAAUGUGAUUAGGGAGACUCUGUCAAGAUUUGGAAAGGAUAUGGGUUACAAAGAGCAAGAUUAUUGGUGUUUCGGCAAUCCUAUUAUCAAAUUAGAGUAUCUUUCAAAGUAUAGCAAUAGAGUUUCAUUAAUGGACACUGAAAUGGAAUUUCUCCGCGGAAGUCCAAAUUGCUUACUUAUUUCAUCGUUACUUUUAAGAGGAAACUAUCUUUUGAAAGCUAUGUCAGAAGAAUUCUUUAACCAAAUGGCAGGAACACUACAGAUACUAGACAUGUCAUUUACUCGAAUUGAAGUGUUGCCGCCUUCCAUCUCCUAUUUGAUUAGGCUGAGAAUGUUGUUACUGAUUGGUUGUGAUCAUUUGCAAGAAAUUCGAUACAUAGCUUCACUGGCACGGCUGGAGGUGCUGGAUGCUUCAGGUUUGUAGUUCUCUGAAGAGUGUGGAGUCUGGGUCAUUUGACCGUAUGGUGUUUCUCAAGGUCCUUGACCUCUCUGCCACUUCCAUCACUUUCUUGAGUUCAAUUUCAGUAUCUAUUGAGCUUCGCCACACCAAUCUACUGGGUUGCCCAAUUCUGGGGUCUGAGUCCCCUUAUGGAGUGUCAAAAGGCGGUGCUGUACAGAACCUGCAGCUUGGCAUUAUUGAAGAUCUGGCAGCUUGGAUGGGCAUGCUGUGGUUACCUUGUGGACUGACUUUCCAGCUCUCUGAUCGGUUUGGCAUGAAAGUAUCACUUGAUGCCAACAGGGAUAGUAAUUCAUAUGUUUAUGCCAGUAACACCUAUUUUUUUAAAUGCUUGGGAAAAGAUUCUCCACUGUGGAAUAACUGU